UUCUGGAAAAUUUCCCCAUGUGUUUCUUUGUUUAGUAUUUAAAGAAGUAAAGCAUUCUCACUUUUCUCGUCACUCUCUCUAAUAAUUUUCAUUUCCACAGCUACCAAAGAUAAAGAAAGAAGAUCAAUAUGAAGCAAAAGAUAGUGGUAAAGGUGCAGAUGUGGUGUCAGGAUUGCAGGACCAAGGCAUUUAAGAUUGCAGCUUCUUUGGAAGGUGUCGAUGAGGUGAGGCUGGAAGGGAAGGAGAAAGAGGAGGUGGUAUUGACUGGGGAAGGGAUGGAUCCCAUUUGCUUGGUCAAGUCUUUGAGGAAAAAGGUUGGGCACUCAGACAUCUUAAGCAUCAGUGAAGUAAAACCUGCUUCAAAGAAGCAGUAGCAGUAGCAAUAGCACAUAGAAACAGCAGAAGUAGAAGCAAAUAAGCAAAUAAUUUGGUUCCAACCUAACCUACCCCUCUCAUCUCUCUUAAGGUUUUUUAAUGUCAUCUUCCUCAGGUACCUUUUCAGUUCUUUGGCCAAACCCACAUAUGGAUUGUUACCUACUAGGUAGGACAUUAGUCUUUCACCUAUAAAGUGUGUUUACUUUUUCCUUUUUUUUUUCAAAGAAAUUGUACUGUGUUUACAAAGAGACAGAAAGGAAUAAUGAAAUGAUUAUGGGAUGUCUUUUUAAUCA